UGCGCCUGCGCACAAGAGUCACGUGGUGGCUGGGCCGGAGAAAUGGCGGCUCCGGGAGAGAGCGGAGUUUCUGGCGGCGGCGGCGGCAGCACCGAAGAAGCGUUUAUGACCUUCUACAGUGAGGUGAAACAGAUAGAGAAGAGAGAUUCAGUUCUAACAUCCAAAAAUCAGAUUGAAAGAUUGACCCGUCCUGGUUCCUCCUACUUCAAUUUGAACCCUUUUGAGGUUCUUCAGAUAGAUCCUGAAGUGACAGAUGAAGAAAUAAAAAAGAGGUUUCGGCAGUUAUCCAUAUUGGUGCAUCCAGAUAAGAACCAAGAUGAUGCUGACAGAGCGCAAAAGGCUUUUGAAGCUGUGGACAAAGCUUACAAGUUGCUACUGGAUCAGGAGCAAAAGAAGAGGGCCCUGGAUGUAAUUCAGGCAGGAAAAGAAUACGUGGAACACACUGUAAAAGAGCGAAAAAAGCAAUUAAAGAAGGAAGGGAAGCCUACAAAUGUGGAGGAGGAUGACCCUGAGCUGUUCAAACAAGCAGUAUACAAACAGACCAUGAAGCUAUUUGCUGAGCUGGAAAUUAAAAGGAAAGAGAGAGAAGCCAAAGAGAUGCAUGAAAGGAAGCGGCAAAGAGAAGAAGAGAUUGAAGCUCAAGAAAAAGCCAAACGAGAAAGAGAGUGGCAGAAAAACUUCGAGGAAAGUCGAGAUGGCCGUGUGGACAGCUGGCGAAACUUCCAAGCAAAUACAAAGGGGAAGAAGGAGAAGAAAAAUCGGACCUUCCUGAGACCCCCCAAAGUAAAAAUGGAGCAGCGCGAGUGACCGCCUAGAGUUGGGCCGCAGACCUUUCUCCCACCAUCUCCCUUCUUGCUUCGAAGGACUCAUUCUGCCCCCCCAUUUCCACCCCAACAUAGAGUAGUACUUGCUUUUUAGUCCAUUUUGUUUUCAAUACAAUUUAAUACCGAUCAGAGAAAUUCUUUUGUACAAUGGAAAGAGGGGCUCGGUUGGAAGUGGAACCACCUCCUCUUACCCCGUAGACCAACCCGGAGUGGAAGGUGCCUCCGCCCGGCUGUCUUCUCCUCCCACAGCCUGUAACUUAAUGUUUUGUACUCCACUGGAUUGUGAUGGUUAGGAACUUUGUGUAGAGUUUGUGGAAAUCAUCCAAUUAAACAUGUUGCUUAAAAUGGUGUGGCCAUGACUUUCAAGCUGAGUGGGGUCCCCAUGGGAGCCCCUUGGCUGCAGAGCUUGUUUCUGGGUGUGGCUCCUUCAAGGCUUUCUCCUUCAGGGAAAGGCAUGACCUGACACCGCAGCCAGUCAGUGUGGCAUGAGCCAGCGGACACCCAACCCUGUUCCCUCUUAAGAGAGCCAUCCACCUCCCAGUACCGUCGUGGCCCUGACCUGCAUUCGUUAGAGCCGAUCCUCUGUGUGACACAUGUUUAUACACUGUCAUUCAUGUUUUCUGCAGUGAUGUGUGAGGUACGAGGCCAAAGUUACUCAGCAUGGAAAUACCUUGGAGCUGGAGAGACCCAGCUCCCUGUCAUUGACUUGCUGGACCUUUUCCUUUUUUGGCUAUAUUCGGGGCUCCUGGCGCUUAUCGUUUGGGGAGUCACUCCUAGAGAGACUUAGGGAACCAUAUGGGUGCUGGGAAUUGAACCUGGGUUGGCCACAUGCAAAGCGAGCACCCUACUCACUACUAUCUCCAGCCUCUGAACUUGUUUCCUUUUUUGUUUGGGGGCUACACUGGUGGUUCUCAGGGGUUACUCCUGGCUUUCUACUCAGGGAUCAUUCCUGGCAGUGCUCAGGGGACCAUAUAAGAUGAUGGGCAUCAAACCCAGGUUGGCUGCCUGUCAGGCAAGUGUGCUCCCUGCUGUACCAUCACUCCGGCCCCUGAACCUGUUUCCUCCUGCAUAGAAUGAGGUUCUAGAUUCACUGCUCUCACAGGGAGUAUUAUUCAUGGCAUAAACAGGUCACUACCCAAGGACUCUGCAUGUUUCCGGACACACUUAUUACUGUGUAAAAUGAAGAUAUUUGCUAUUUUGAGGA